AAGUGACGUCAGGUGUUCCUUUCUCGGUAAAGUGGUUCGUGUCGCCUAAGAUCUGAGCCACACUCAGCACCUCACGGCCGCAACGGAGGUCUGUGUGAGAACAGUCAUAUCAGUCACAGUGCACGCGCUCGUCCCGCGGACACAUCCCCCCUUAGCUCCACGAGAGCCCCCCUAGACCUCCUCAGACCCGAUUAGCCUAGAACUAUGCCCCGGACUCAGCGCUGACCCGAUCCGGACACACUCAAACUUUUGCUUUGUUUCUCCGUGAGUCCUGUAGCCACCGUGGACUCGUCAUGUGGGACCCGUGAGCACUGGCCCAUGGCUGGACCGAGGUUUGUUUAGACUUGGGGCAUGCGGAUAGUGGACCACGGACACAGACACGAGACACAGUCCACGCGAGGUUAAGCGCGAGCAGAGUAUUAGCAAACACCCUUGUAAAUGUUUGACCAAACCACGGCGAUGGGAGAUGGGAGCCACCGCUGUGGACCCAACCCGCUGUGCCCGGACCGGAGCCGGUCCCCGGUGCAGAGCUCCACGGACACACCGGGCACCUCUGCCUCCACCCCUACGUCCUCGAGCGAAGACGGCCACGACAAACUGUUGGGAGUGGACCCGGACUACUGCCGCAGGAUCCUGGUCAGAGAUGCCAAAGGCACGAUAAGAGAGAUUGUGUUGCCCAAAGGCCUGGACUUGGACCGGCCCAAACGCACGCGGACGUCGUUCACGGCGGAGCAGCUGUACAGGCUCGAGCUCGAGUUUCAGCGCUGUCAGUACGUGGUGGGGCGCGAGCGCACUGAACUGGCCCGACAGCUCAACCUCUCUGAGACACAGGUCAAAGUUUGGUUUCAAAAUCGAAGGACGAAGCAGAAAAAGGACACUACGAAGGACUCAGACAAACGUUCUUCCUCCACUUCCGAGUCUCUGGCAACCUGUAACAUCCUGAGGCUCCUGGAGCAAGGCAGGCUCCUGUCAGGACCGGCCCCCCCUCCUAACCCCCUCCUGGGACCCCCGCCGCACCCCAAUGGCUCCCUCCUGAGCAGUCCCGGAGCUUCUUCCACCUCCCCCAGCAUCAGCAGCACCCCACCCAGCUCCCUGCCCGGGGGUACCUUUGGGCUCUCCCUGCCCUCUUUGGGGGGUACCCCUCCCUCACCACGCCUGGGUGUCCCGCCUCCACACUCUCUGUGCUUCUCCAUGCCACUGCUAGGGGGCGCUCACCACGAACUGACCUCUGCUUAUGGCUGCGGCUCCUCUGCCUUUGAGCCAUACAUGCGACUGGACAGAAAGGAGGCGGACCUGGGGGGGAAGAAGACAGUCUCCUAAACGAUAUUGAGUAUUUGAGGUGUUUACGCUGAUAUCGGUUUGACUGUUAAAGAGAAACCACCCAAGGAAGGAGGAACUUUUUGUUUUUGUCAAACUUGACCAGGACGAGAUGUGAAGGAGAAAAACUCUUCCACAAUAAAAAAAAAAAAGACUUGUGAAUUUCUGCCCUGUUGUGUGUCGCCCUGACGACUCUCAGUGGUUUUAAGUGACUCUCACUUUUGUCCCGUGCGUUUGUGUGUGUGCUGUUUCUCUAUACAGGCCUUCAUUUUACUGUUCAGGAAAAAAAUACUUGACUUGGAUCAUUCAGUCUAAAGCAGCAUUGAAUGGAAACCGUGUUUUUCAAAAAUAGCAGUUUGUACACAUCUCUCAUCCAAGUGGCCAUGUUUGAGUUUAGUUUUGUGCUAUCACUUAUGAAACUGAAAAAAAAUGAAUUGUAGCAUCUUAAUAUCAGUCUGUUAUGUGUCCAGAGGUAGUUUUGUAAAAUCUUUAUUUGGUUGUGUUUGUGUAAGAAACAAUAUUUGGUAGGAUCUGGUCAGAACGGUACAAAAUCACAUAUCUAGAUCCAAUUAUAGGGGAAAAAAGAAAACAAAAGCUGGUUAGACUCUGCCAAAGCAAGAAAUGAUGAAGCUUCACAACACGGACAGGCUUAUUUUACACUUUUGAAUCACUAGUUCACAUUGUCUGUAAAAAUACUUUGACCAAGUUUGUGGAAAAACAUUGUAAAGACGUUUAUUUAAGCUUAAAAUUCAGCUCUUAAAAUCAGUUAUAUUUUAUCAUCUUUCACAGACUGUACAUUUUAAAUAAGCUAGGCCCUCUAAAAAUACCCCGAAACAUUAUUUAUAUUUUAUUUUGAUGUUCCCUUUUUUGUUGACGUUUUUGUUCAGGCUUCUCACUCAAAGCACUUUAUGUUUGUAGUUUUUUUUCCCCAAUAUUUCCCCCCGUCUUUGGCUUCUGAAGCUAUUUAAUUAUAAUUGAAAACACGUAGGUCGACUUGGGCAAGUUGUUAGAAUCCAAUCUAGAAAUAAACAUUUUAAUUUGCAUGUUUUAAUUCAUACAUUUGAAUAAUCACACAGAAAGCUGCAGAUGUAUUGGAUCUAUUUGAAUUUUCUUUCAUAUGAUGUUGCGUUUUGCUUUGACACCCAAAGAAAAUCAAAAAUCACCCACAAGAACCUGCAAUUUGUAACCGCUUGCCCCCUAUUUGCGCGUGUCAUUCCGAGUUAUUGCCCCCUCUGUCUCUAGUCGGAAAUGGUUUAGCUUGGAGCAGACCAUUUUUCUACGUAUCUAUUCAUUUUUCCAUUGUGAGUUGUAAUGCGUUUUUCCUCAAGGUGAUUCCCUGGCUAUUAAAAUCAGACCCUCCUAUGACAUCCAAAGCAG